CCUAAAUCAUACGAUGAUUGCGAGUUGAGGCCCAGCACGCAGAAGAAGCAUGCUGUCAUGGCUACACGCAAACCUUGACUGACUUGCCUCGUAUGUUCGAUCAUUUGUGUAGUUAAGAUAGGUUUCUACUUCGACCGAUUGCCCUGUCACCACAAUACAAUAGAGGGUUCGUAACGUGACGCACAAUGCCAAUAAAUCGGCAAAAGAUAUUUCAGCUUGCAAGCGGCUUCCGCGGCAGAGCUAGAAACUGUAUCAAACUCGCCCGGCUGCAAGUGGAGAAAGCGCUUCAACACGCUUACGUGGGUCGCAAGCUCAAGAAGCGGCACUGGCGCUCGGUGUGGAUUCAAAGAAUCAAUGCGGGGACGCGUGAGCAUGGGAUGACGUACACGACGCUCAUCACCAGACUCAAAGAUGAGAACGUGCAACUGAACCGCAAAGUGCUUUCAGAGUUGGCGAUGAACGAGCCGUACAGCUUCAAGGCGCUGGUGGAGCAAGUGCGGUUCAUGCGUGGGACGCCGGGGGCGCCAAAGCAGUCGUAGCGGCCAGGUUGGUUUGCCGCAGUAGGCGACCUUCCAUGUCGCCAUGUUGGAAAUGCGUGAGAUGUCAUUUGCGUUGUCAUAGUCACAGGCGAGACGGAUAGGCGGUUGGAGAAAGGAAGAGGGGAUGAGAGGAAGGAGUACUUAAUCGAGGAAGGGCAAGCGGGUUGACAAAGGCGGUGUAAGGGAGGGGCGUACAGACACACAAGUGGGGAAAGGCGUUGAGCGGAGGGAGCCUGGGGCCAUCCGUUGACUUGUAGCCAGGGCGGCGAUUAUCCUGAAUAGAUUGCGUGAAGGCGUAUCUUGUAUAGCGCAGUUGUGAACAAGAGAUCAUGGCGCUGUCCUGCUCUCCUGGAGUCUCCGACAUGAUGCCUCGUGUAAUACACACGUGUAAGACACAUACCAAUAU